CAAAAAGCCCAAUAGUGAAUCCGCCACCACCCGCAGAGGAGAUGAUCAUUGAGCAACCACAGGAGUAUCACAAGAAAUAGCUCAGUUUGUGCGUGCUUGUUGUGAGAAAAAGACAUAGCAGACCAGCUGCCAAGAAGAGCACAAACAACAGUUGUCUAAGACACUGUCUAAGAUCAUAAACAACAGUUGUCUGAAGUAUUUUUUGAGCUCUCCAACCUCAUUUGUUGAAAAAGAAGUAAGCAAGGAAACGAUGCCGCAAGUGAAAAUCGUCGCGAAGAAUUUUAUGGACAUGGUGGCUUCAUUGCCUGCAAUGAAGCUUGACAAACUUUAUCAGAAUGCCUUUAUUUGUCAAGCUAUCCUUAGAUCAAUGCCGCCAUUGGCAAAGAAGUAUGUUCUACAAUUGCUGUUCAUAGAUGCACCUGUGACUGGUAAAAUGUUGGAAGAGUCUGUGCUCGCGGAUGGGCUGUCAAAGCACAAAGUAGCUAUUGAUAGAUUAAUUCAGCUGAGAGUAUUGACUGAAGCUCUUGACCGGAAAAAAGAAGCUACUUACAGAAUGAACCCUACAUUUCAGAUAAAUGUUCAAAAGCUUAUUGUGCAUGGUGGAGUUUUGCCAAGAGAGCCUAUGCCAUCAACUGCUGGUUUCAGGCUGCCUAGCCUGGAGGAGUUGGAUGCCUAUGCUGUUCAGCAAUGGGAGUGUUUUUUGCUGCAUCUGAUAAGCUCCAGUGAAGCUGAAAAGGCAACAACAAAUAUCAGCUCUUCCAUGAUGAAAGUUUUUCAACGUGGCCUUUUGAGUCAGAACAGAGAUGACAAAGAACCUCCAAGAUUGACUGAAGGUGGUUUUCAAUUCUUGCUGAUGGAUACAAAUGCACAAUUGUGGUAUAUCAUCAGGGAAUAUAUCGGCAACUCUGAGGAGCGAGGCCUGGACUCAGCGGAUCUUGUAUCCUUUCUUCUGGAACUAAGCUUCCAUGCUACUGGAGAGGCUUAUAAUAUAAACACAUUGAGUGAUAUACAGAGGACUAUAAUUAGGGAUCUUGCUGAUUUGGGCCUUGUGAAGCUUCAGCAGGGAAGAAAGGAGAGUUGGUUUAUCCCCACAAAGUUGGCUACAAAUCUAUCUAUCAGCUUAUCAGAUACAUCAUCCAGGAAACAGGGGUAUGUCGUUGUAGAGACAAAUUUCAGGAUGUAUGCAUAUUCAACUUCCAAAUUGCACUGUGAAAUCUUACGUCUAUUCGCCAGGGUUGAAUACCAGCUUCCUAACUUGAUUGUUGGAGCAAUUACAAAAGAGAGUCUAUAUAAAGCUUUUCAAAAUGGUAUAACUGCCGAACAAAUUAUUUCUUUUCUUCAACAGAAUGCACAUCCUCGAGUUGCAGAGAGAAUACCUACUGUGCCUGAGAAUGUCACUGAUCAGAUGAGGUUGUGGGAAUCAGAUUUGAAUAGGGUGGAGUGUAUACCUGCACAUUUCUUUGAAGAGUUCCCCUCUAGGGAAGUGUUUGAGGCUGCAUGCGACCAUGCAAGAGAAUGUGGUGGUUUCCUUUGGGAAAAUUCUAAAAAAAUGUGGCUUGUAGUGAAAGCAGAAAGUUUUGCCUACAUGAAGGAGUUUCUUCGUGGAAAGAAGCAAUAGUCUUUUGGCACUUUCCUUGAACUCUGUAAUGUAGUUUGUUGGCCAAAUGGUCCUCACAGUGCAUGAAAAAUCGAAUUUAAAACAAAUCAUAAUCAAGUAUUUCUGGUUUGCCUUU